AUGCGCCACAGCUCUCCGUGGUCCCAUCCCCCGCCCGCUCCUCAUCAUCUGUCCCUCAGCAUCAGCAGCCGGCCACGGGAGCACAGAGGGAGGGGGGAGGGCCAGGGGUGCGAAGAGGAGCUGGAUAAGAGUGAGGUGUCCACCCUAGGCUUACCUUCAGCCCCGAGUCAUGGAGGCUCUGACACCAACAUCAGCACAGACGGAGCAGGAGCAGCCGGAGCCAGCGGAGGUGAACCCUCAGGGGAACCACAGCGAACCAGGGUCGCUCUUGAACAUCUCCAACAGAAGAUCCUCAAAGUUACAGAACAAAUCCGAGUUGAGCAGGAGUCCCGCGACGACAAUGUGGCAGAGUACCUAAAACUCGCCCACAACGCUGACAAGCAACAGGCAUCACGCAUAAAGCAAGUGUUUGAGAAGAAGAACCAAAAGUCUGCACAGACCAUCACACAGCUGCACAAGAAACUAGAGCACUAUCACAAGAAGCUGAAGGAAAUCGAACAGAAUGGACCUGCCCGGCAGCCCAAAGAUGUGCUCCGGGACAUGCAGCAGGGACUGAAGGACGUUGGGGCCAAUGUUCGCGCUGGAAUAAGUGGCUUUGGCGGUGGAGUAGUUGAAGGAGUCAAAGGUGGUGUCUCUGCUCUCACUCACACUGCAGUGGUGUCCAAGCCCAGGGAAAUUGCCAGUCUGAUUAGGAACAAAUUUGGCAGUGCUGAUAACAUAGCUCACCUUAAAGACGCACUUGAAGACGGGGUGGGCUGUUCCUCCGAGGACGCCCCCACACCUCGAGCACUAAGUGGGAGCGCUACACUAGUGUCCAGCCCCAAGUACGGCAGCGACGACGAGUGCUCCAGCGCCACCUCUGGGUCGGCAGUGGGAAGUAACUCUGGUGGGGCAGGAGGAGGGGGGCUUUUAGGAGCAGCCAUGGGGAGCCCCAGACUGGACGGACAUCAUCAUCAUCAUCACCACAUUCACAGCUCCUGGGAGUCUCUGCUGGAGGGGCUGCAGGAGAUCAAGGCAGGUCAGACACAUAUGGAGGAUGCUAUCGAAGACAUGAAAGGACAACUGCACAGCGACUACUCAUACAUGACACAGUGUCUGCAGGAGGAGAGAUACAGGUAUGAAAGACUGGAGGAGCAGCUCAAUGACCUGACAGAGCUACACCAGAAUGAGAUGACCAAUCUCAAACAAGAACUAGCCAGCAUGGAGGAGAAAGUGGCCUACCAGUCGUAUGAGAGAGCCAGAGAUAUCCAGGAGGCUGUAGAGUCCUGUCUGACUCGCAUCACUAAGCUGGAGCUGCAGCAGCAGCAGCAGCAGGUGGUGCAGCUGGAGGGAGUGGAGAACGCAAACGCCCGAGCGCUGCUUGGAAAACUCAUCAACGUGAUCCUGGCUCUGAUGGCUGUGCUCCUGGUGUUCGUAUCCACUUUGGCAAACUUCAUCACUCCCCUGAUGAAGACGCGUGCUCGUGUGACUGCUACUGUGCUGCUCACGCUUCUGCUCUUCGUCCUGUGGAAACAGUGGGACUUCGUGGAACCGUGGCUGUCGAGCUGA